GGAGUUUAUCUCAUGACGAUAUUGGCUCGGCUCUGAGGCCAGCAAUCGUCGUGUUGUUGCUUCUCAGCGGACCGCCGAGUUGUUCAGUUGUUGAAGCAUUUCCAAAGUGUGCGGAUGGGCUUUUGCCAGCACUCCUUUAUUUCCCUCUAGUUGGCGCAUCACAAGGAAAGAAUUGCCCGUGAUCAGUGCUGUGCGCGUGUGAUCCAAUUUUCCUGAGUUGAAAUCAAUUAAUCUCGAGUUACAAAAUCAACAGUGAGGCAGGAAGGCCACGAUGAGCGUCUCUUGGGGAUACACGGCAACAAAUGGCCCGCAGAAGUGGCCAGAGUGGUUCCCUUCGGCCUCCGGUCACCGGCAGUCGCCCAUCAACAUCACCACGGCGGCCAGCAAGCAGGAUGGCGACCUCAAGUCCACGCCGCUGCGGUGGAAGUAUCUGCCUGAGAACACGCGCAGUCUCGUGAAUCCGGGAUACUGCUGGCGCGUGGACGUGAACGGGAAGGGCUCAGAGCUGACCGGAGGUCCACUGGGCGCGGACAAGUAUCUCCUGGAGCAGUUCCACUGCCACUGGGGCUGCUCCGACAACAAGGGCUCGGAGCACACCGUGGACGGACUCUCAUACUCCGGCGAGCUUCAUCUGGUGCACUGGAACGCCACCAAAUACUCCUCCUUCGACGAGGCCGCCCGACAACCAGACGGCUUGGCCGUUCUGGGAGUGUUCCUCAAACGUGGAAAGCAUCACCCGAACCUGGACAAAAUCGUGCAGUUGAUGCCCUUCAUCACGCACAAAGGCGACAGGGUGACAUUGCCCACGCCUUUGGACCCGGGAUCUCUGCUGCCGAGCUGCAAUAGCGGGUACUGGACGUACUUGGGCUCCCUGACGACACCGCCGUGCUCAGAGUCGGUCAUCUGGAUUAUCUUCAAGGAGCCGAUCGAGGUUUCCGAGGAUCAGUUGAACGCCUUCCGCAAACUACGCUGCCACGACGUGUGCGAGGACACUCCGCGCGGCGACACGGAGUCCUCCUUCUCCGAUGGCCUGGUGAGGAACAACUACCGUCCGCCGCUGCCCGUGGGGCAUCGCGACGUCCGCGAGGUGGGCGGCCACUGAUGAGAUGCUCAACGCCAUGAUAGAAGUGCUUUCUCGAAGCCUUUAGAAGUGCCUAAAAAUAGAGAUAGAUUAGGAUUACAAUCAAUUGGUCAGAUGCUGUUGCAUUUGGCAGUUACUACAAUGUAUUUUUCGCUAUUUUAGCCAACCGACGUAUACUGAUAUAUUUGGUGUAGGUGAAUAUUGUCAAUUUGGGGUGAAAAAACUAACCACCUUGAGAAAUAAUCUAACAUACAUAUAAAGAGAAAUAUUUGAGUAGAGAAUAAAGCUGUGAUCUAACAAAAUCAUCCUGAA